UUUGGCGCACACGCUUAAACCGUGAGGGAAGUUUUCUUUCAAUUUCAAGAGUAACCCAGUAGGCGAAUCAAUCAUUCGCACUCUCUCUUCACUCUCUCAGUGAGAUUUUCUAGGGUUUCGUCGUUUGAAUUAGUGUUCUUCGUUUCGUUCUUUGGGCGAAGCUUUGUUGCCAGAUGGAUGGAACUGUCUUGCAGCUCGUGUCAGAUCUGGGUUCUCGUCUGCUUCAAACAUCUCGUCCGAACAAGGAUUUUCUCAUCAAGUCGCUCCGGCAAGUUGUUAGUAAUUUGUCACAGAUCGAGCAGCCUGUAAUUAAUGGAGCUGCCAAUAGGAAAGAAGCUCUGAAGCCAUUGGAAGCUGCGAUUAAACCUCUGAAGAAAUCCAUUAUAAAGCAUGGCCUUCUUAAUCAUCGUGACAAAGAAGUUAGACUUUUGGUUACGAUAUCUGUCAGCGAGAUUUUUCGGAUCCUAGCACCUGAUCCACCUUUCGAAGACAAGUAUCUCAGGGAUAUCUUCAAACUGUUUCUCAGUGCGUUCUUGGAGUUGUCUGAUACAGCAAGCCCUUAUUUCUCAAGGAGGACUAAAAUCCUGGAAACAGUCUCUCGGUGUAGGUGCUGUGUGAUAAUGCUGGAUCUGGAUUGCCAAGAUUUAGUUAAUGAGAUGUUUAACAUUUUCUUCUCUGUUGUAAGAGAUCACCAUCAGCAGAGCCUAAUUAAUGAUAUUUUGUCUAUAAUGAGUGAUAUUAUAGACGAAGAAACAACUUCUUCAGUUGUAGAUGUAAUUCUGCAAAAUCUUGUACAGGAGGGAAAGGAUUUGACUUCUGCUGCUAGUAACCUCGCCAGUUCUCUCAUCCAAAGCUGUGCCGACAAGCUUGAGCCUUUCAUUUGCAGCAUUUUGGCAUCCUGUUUUAUGGAGGAAGAUGCCUCCAGGAGCAGUUUCAAAGAGUCUUAUCAUGAAAUUAUAUUUAAGAUCUCCCAAUGUGCUCCACAGAUAUUGCUAGCUGUAACCCCAAACUUGACACAAGAACUACUGACUGAUCAGGUCGAUGUUCGAAUGAAAGCCCUUAGCUUAACUGGAAAGAUUUUUGCACUUCCCAAAAACUGUUUUGCAGAGAUGUACCGAGAUCUUUUUGGCGAGUUCUUGAAAAGAUUCUCAGAUAAAUCUGCGGAAGUCAGAAUGGCUGCAUUAAAAUGUGGCAAACAGUGCUAUGUGGUUAAUCCAUCUGGGACAGAAGCAUCUGAAAUUUUAACUGCAAUCCAAGAACGAUUACUAGAUUUCGAUGAUAGGGUGAGAACGCAAGCACUGAUUGUUGCUUGUGACAUUGUCAAGUUAAAUAUGAAAUAUGCUUCAGUGAAUCUGAUAUCCGAAGCGAUUGAAAGGCUUCGGGAUAAGAAGAUAUCUAUCAGGAAGAAGGCCUUGCAGAAGUUGACUGAAGUAUAUCGAGACUAUUGUGACAAGUGCUCAGAAGGCUACAUGACAAUAAGUGACCAAUUUGAGCAAAUUCCUUGUAAAAUUCUACUUCUUUGCUGUGAUAAAGAUUGUAAAGAAUUCAGGCCCCAAAAUAUGGAGCUUGUACUGUCAGAUGAUCUAUUUCCUUGCCUUCUUCCAGUUGAGGAGAGGAUGCGACAUUGGAUCCAUUUGUUUUCUGUUAUGAGUCCUCUUCACAUGAAAUCACUAAAUUCAAUUUUGUCUCAGAAGAGAAGGUUGCAAAACGAAAUGCAGCACUUCUUGGAUUUCUGGAAGGAAGAGAAAGAGAAGGAUUAUGAUGUGGACAAUUUGAAGAGACAUCAUGAUAACUCUAUUGAAAAGAUGUCAACUUGCUUUCUGGAUCCGCUAAAGGCUGAAGAGUCCUUUCACAAGUUAGUUCAAAUGAGGGACAAGCCAACUCUUGAUGCUUUAACUCGGUUGCUAAAUGAACUGGAAUUCUCAAAUGCGCAGAUUAUCAGAGAUAAUUUUCUUAGAACGAUAGCUGAUAAGCAUCCUCUUCACGAGUUUCUACACAUACUUUGUACAAAAUGCUCCUCUAGCAUAUUUAGUUCAGAGCAUGUGCAGUAUCUUCUCAAUCAGCUUUGUUGCUUCAGCUCAGGGAACAUGCAUUUGAAGGAUUCUUCCAUGAAACUUCUUCUGGUUAUCCUCAACAUGUUCCCUUCUUAUCUGAGAGGUUCAGAAGAGCCGUUUCUCAAGGUAUUAGAGGAGAAUGAAUCUGUUUCUGAAGAGCUAACUGAAGUUAUAUCAAAAGCAGCUCCUCAUAUAUCCAUCAAAUUCAGUGACUUUCACCCUCUUCUGGAGAGGAUCUGUGUGAACGGUACUCGCUCCCAAGCGAAAUGUGCAGUCUCUGCUCUUGCUGCAUUGAUUGGACCAUCAGAGAAAUUUGUCUUCUCUGAAUUAUGCGAGGUCCUCUUAGAUUCUUUGCAGUGUGGGCGGAACAUUCCAACAAUAUUGCAAUCUUUGGGAUGUAUUGGGCAAUAUUCGGUUUCAGUAUUUGAAACUAUAUAUGGAGACAUCAGAAGCUAUGUAUAUCAGGUUUUUCAAGCAGAACCAUCAGACAAUCAACCUCCUUGUGAUCAGUCUUCUGGUUGUUGUAAUUCUUGCAAACUAAAGAUAUAUGGGCUGAAAACACUUGUGAAGAGUUUCUUGCCUCAUCGGGAUCAAGUCACUAGGAAAAUUGAUGGUUUGUUAAAUCUUUUGGCUAAAACAUUGAAGUCACAGGGACAUGGUGGCAUGGUGUCAUGUGAGCAUUGUGGAGCUUUUGUUAGACUGGCUGCUGCUAAAGCUGUUCUCCGGCUUUCAAGAAAAUGGGACCUACAUAUUUCUCCUGAAGUAUUUCAUCUUACCAUCUCGUUGGCAAAGGACUCUGAUGCCGCUAUUAGCAGAUCAUUUCUGGACAAAGUACAUAAGUUACUAAAAGAACAUAUCAUACCCAGUAGAUAUGCAUGUGCCUUUUCAUUCGCUAUUUGUGGCCCCAACAAGGAUCUACAGGAUGAUUCAUUAAGAUACUUGAAAGAAUUCAUCAAGGCUUCCAGCAAAAGAGCUCAAGCGCAUCAAGAUUCUUCAAGUCGAGGAGGAUCACUAACUGAUUCUCCGGCUUACAUGAUAGUAUUCUUGAUCCAUGUUCUUGCACAUGAUCCAGAUUUCCCUUCUGAAGACUGCACUGAUGAACAUGUCUUUUCUUGGUUUUGUUGUCCUCUAUUCUCAGCCUUACAUGUGCUACUUAGCACCAAUGACAUUGAUUCUGACACGGAUCAUGCCAAAGAAGCUGUCCUCUACUUGCUUUGUAUCUUCCGUGCAGUUAAAAGAGCUGAAGAUGUUGUUGAUAUACAUAGGACUCCAAGGCUGCAUGUUCUAGCUGAUAUUGGUUUCUCAGCAGUAAAGGCAUUAAAUCGUAACAUGAUAUCUUCUCCACAAGCUCCUCGUUCAGUUUUGCUGCCUUCAUCAUUAUACAGAUUAGGCCUCACUAACAUGUCAGAUAAUCAGGAAAAUGUGAAGUAUUACAUCCCGAUUGCUUUGCAACAGAGUUUCAUUGAGAAAGUAAUUCACAUUUUUCAGUCGCAGAUCUCCUCGUCAACUUCGACUCUAUCCAAGCAUGCUCAGAAGUGUCAAGAGGAUAAUAUGCAAAUCAAUCAGAAGGAUAAAAACUUGGCUUUGGUAUUGUGCAAUAUGGUUGAGACCUCAACAAAUGAUGGAACAGAAAACAACAAAAAUGAUUCAAGGUGCAGCAGGAAGCGUUCACAUUUAGCAUUUUCCAAACAUUGUGCUACUUCCACUGAGCAGAAAAAUCCAUCAUCUAAAAGUAAGAGGUCUAAAACAGUAGAGCAAAAAAAAUUUUCUUCAUCUAGUUCGAUAGUUUUGAGCUCUGUUGAUUCGGGACUUCCCAUCAAGAAACUGGAAAGACAUAGAAACUCAAAGGACAAUGUUGGAAGAAGUGGUAGCCAUGAUGCUAUAUCAUCCAAAGACUUCCGUGCCAAAUCGAGGGUAACAUCUGCUUUGAAGGACAUCAGCAAUCAAGGCAAAGAAAUUAUUGGGCAGCGGAUCAGAUUACUCUCUCCUACUGAUGGAUGUUUCUAUUCGGGCACUGUUGAGGGGUUUAAUUCUAAAAGUAACUCUCACAAGAUUGCUUACGACAAUGGGGAUGUUGAAUUGGUUUGCUUGAGUAGUGAGAGCUGGGAGGCUCUGAGCCAAGGACCUUUGGAGGACAAGGACAUGUUGGGAAAGAAGGCAGAAUCUUUAGGAUCUGGGAAUCUCCUCAGUCAAAAUCUUCAGACAAGAUCAAAAGUUACUGCGCAGAAGCAGAAAUCCUUAACCAAGAAGCAGAACAGAAAGUUGCCUACCAAAGUCUCCCAGGUGGACUGAGCAGAAGAACUCGGCUACUGAUAUUUCUUCUUACACACAUGAAUGAAGCUAACUCAAGAGGAUGCUCCUCAGAUGCAUAUAUGUUGCUGUUUAUUCUUGCUUUCUUACAACAUUUGUUCAUGUUUCACUCUUAUGUAAGAAGGGAGAUGAGGACAAGGUUGUGAAUCUCGCUGAUGAAAUAACAUGGUUGUUUAUUUUACCCCAAAAAAAUAUGGUUAUUUUAUUUUAUUUUAUUUUGA